CUACCGCUGCCUCUCCUCCCUUUGCAGCAAUACGCGCCGUCCGUCUUCGAGAAAUAUACUACCAGCGUUACGGUGGGCAAAAAGGAGGUCACCCUGAAUUUGUACGAUACCGCAGGGCAGGAGGACUACGACCGGCUACGACCUCUUUCUUACCAGAACACAAACGUCAUCUUAAUUUGUUACGAUGUCAUGAACCCCACUAGCUACGAUAACGUAUCAGCUAAGUGGUAUCCUGAAGUGAAUCACUUCUGCCGAGGUGUGCCGCUCGUGCUGAUCGGCUGCAAGACAGACCUGAGGAAAGACAAAGAACAGCUGCGCAAACUCAAGGCUUCAAAGCAGGAACCCGUUACUUACAACCAGGGUGAAGCAGCCUGUCAGCAGAUCAACGCAGAAGUUUAUCUGGAGUGCUCAGCAAAAUGUCGUGAAAACAUCGAAAAUAUUUUUAAAGAAGCGACAACCAUUGCACUGAACGCCAUGAAAAAAGCCAAGCGCCAGAAGAAACGGACAGUGUGCUCAGUGUUAUGA